ACUUCCGGCGUGGGAGCCGAGGGACGAGUCUUGCGUGGAUCCGCGGCGUUGGAAGAGAUUGGUGCUCACGUUCUGCCCCCUGGAGGCCCUGGCGGGGGCGGGCGAAAAUACCCACGCCGCGGCGGCCAGGACCGAGUGAGGCUAAGGCGCCGGAGCCGGCUGCGCCCAGGCAGGAGCAUCACUCCUCCGCCGGGACUUGGAGCCCGGGGCCCGCCGGCUGCAGCCGACGCCGUCCAUCCUCGCACGGGGCCCGGGGCGCCUUCCCAGACGGGCGCAGCUGGUUUCGGGGCCAGGGCGCUCCAGGAGCCUGACGAUGGCGUCGGGACCGGGCUCCCAGGAGCAGGAAGGGCUCCUGAUCGUGAAACUGGAGGAGGACUGCGCAUGGAGUCAGGAGCUGCCUCCACCCGACCCAGGGUGCAGCCUACAGGCCUCCCACCUGCGCUUCCGACGGUUCCGCUUCCAAGAGGCCGCUGGUCCCCGAGAGGCCCUCAGCCGGCUCCAGGAGCUUUGCCAUGAGUGGCUGCGCCCGGAGAUGCGCACCAAGGAGCAGAUCCUGGAGCUGCUGGUGCUGGAGCAGUUCCUGACCAUCCUGCCCCAGGAGAUCCAGAGCAGGGUGGAGGAGCUGCAUCCGGAGAGCGGCGAGGAAGCGGUUACGCUUGUGGAGGAUAUGCAGAGAGAGCUUGAAAGACUGAGGCAGCAGGUCACAAACCAUGGGCAGGGAACAGCAGUGCUUUUGGAGGAGACUUUGCCUCUGGAAACAGCACGAGAGUCACCGAGCUUCAAGCUGGAGCCCAAGGAGACUGAGCGAAGCCCUGGCCCCAGGCUGCAGGAGCUGCUAGGCCCCAGCCCCCAAAGGGACCCCCAGGCUGUAAAGGAGAGGGCGUUAUCUGCUCCCUGGCUUUCUCUCUUUCCUCCUGAAAGGAACAUGGAAGACAAGGAGCUGGCUGGGCCCCAGUUGCCUGAGAGCUUAGAGGACGUGGCUUUGUACAUCUCCCAGGAGGAGUGGGGGCAUCAGGAGCCUCGUAAGAGGGCCCUCUCCAGGGACACGGUGCAGGAGAGUUACGAGAACGUGGACUCACUGGCAUCUCCGAUUCCCAGUCAGGAGGCCCUGAGCACCCAGGUGGAACCAGAAGGAAAGCCAUGGGAUCCCAGGGUCCAGACUUGCAAAGAGGGUCCGAGCCCCCGAAGCCCAGGUGCAGGGGAAGAGAAAUUUGAGAACCAGGAGGAAACUUCUCAGUCUGUUGCCCCUAAGAACACUCAUCCUCAGGACCUUCCUGGCCAGGCAAGAGGGGAGGUGCCCUGGAGUCCUGAGCAGGGAAGACCUCGUGACAGGUCAGAAGGGCAUUGGGACCCUCCUCCCCCAGAGGAUCAAAAGGAGCAGUCCUUAGUUGGGGCCACAAGUUGCAGAGAACUGGAGCGACCAAAGGAACUGCAGCCAAAGAAACUCCAUUUAUGUCCCUUGUGUGGCAAAAAUUUCUCUAACAACUCAAACCUAAUUAGGCACCAGAGAAUACAUGCAGCAGAAAGACUGUACAUGGGUGUGGAGUGUGGUGACAUCUUCGGUGGGAACUCACAUUUUCUGUCACUACACAGAGCACAGCUGGGAGAGGAGGCCCAUAAGUGCCUUCAAUGUGGAAAAAGCUUCAGUCAGAAUACCCACCUGACUCGCCAUCAGCGCACACACACCGGUGAGAAGCCCUAUCAAUGCAACAUAUGUGGAAAAAGCUUCUCUUGCAAUUCCAACCUCCACAGGCACCAGAGAACACACACAGGCGAGAAACCCUAUAAGUGCCCUGAGUGUGGGGAGAUCUUUGCUCAUAGUUCCAACCUUCUUAGGCACCAGAGAAUUCACACUGGAGAGAGACCCUAUAAGUGUCCUGAGUGUGGGAAAAGUUUCUCUCGUAGUUCACACCUUGUCAUACAUGAAAGAACUCAUGAGAGAGAGAGACUUUAUCCCUUCUCUGCAUGUGGGGAAGCAGGGAGUGACUGUACCCCCUUUCUUACCAAUCAUGGUGCCCCCAAGGUAGAAAAGAAGCUCUUUGAAUGUUUGACUUGUGGGAAAAGCUUUGGGCAGGGCAUGCACCUCACCAGGCAUCAGAGAACGCACACAGGAGAGAAACCAUAUAAAUGUACCCUUUGUGGGGAAAACUUCUCUCAUAGAUCCAACUUAAUCAGGCAUCAGAGAAUUCACACGGGAGAGAAACCUUACACCUGUCAUGAAUGUGGAGACAGUUUCUCUCACAGCUCCAAUCGGAUCCGUCACCUGAGAACCCAUACAGGAGAAAGACCCUACAAAUGUUCUGAGUGUGGAGAAAGCUUUUCUCGGAGUUCACGCCUUAUGAGUCAUCAAAGAACUCACACUGGAUAGAAACAAUGGGAUUUCUCUGACCCAGAUAAGGUGACAUAUUAGAGAGUCCUGUUUUUAUGAAUUGGUCUUCCUUGCCCAACUGACCAAACAACCUCUACGUUUUUAAGGUAAUUACUAUAAAGAAGAAAGGGAGAGGGGUGGUCAUUGUGAGAGAGGUGCAGAGGCAGUAAAAGAUUAUCAUAAAACUAAAAGGAAUUGUGCCUGAACUGUCAAGGAUGGAAAGUCUCUGAGGUGAUGUGCUCAGGGUGGAGUUCUCCAAUAAGUCUGUCCUGUCCCAAAGUGCACCCACCCUUUCAGUGUGUUUAUUAUCCAAGAUGUGAUUUGGAUGCCUUCCUGUGUCCCGUGUCUAUCCCAACAACUUUGGGAAUCCAUGUGAUCUUUCUGUUAUUAUUUCUUCCCUUGGGACAUUCAGCAGGAGUAUUUAGGCUCCAAGGCCCUUGAGACCAAAGAGGAGAGGCGAAGUUUCUUGGGAAAUCAGCUGGAGGCUAACAAAAGACAAGUUAUGAGUUGCAGCUCUCCCAAAGGCCCUGGCUGGGAAGCCAUGGGCAGUCCAGGUCAGCCACCACUGUGCCCCUCAAUGGCCUGACAGGAGGACUCAUUGGAAGGCCACACAUGUCAGUAUCCUCUCAGACAAGGAAACAGAGACCUAAGGGAAUAGUAAUUGGCAGAGGAAGCAGAAGUCUGAAUUAGUCUACCCUUUGCAGAGCUCUGUAUUUUGCCCUACCUCUGCCAGAAAAAGAUGAACAGAGCUUCAGUCUUGCUCCUGAGUCGAGCGUUCCAUGAAAGUCGGGAGUCCAUAGAAAAUUGAAAAUGUGGGUUCCAGUGAAAUUAGGGAUUAUGUUCUUCCCUGUCGAGCAUAUGUUUGGAUGGUAAUAAAUAUCUUAAGGAAACAUGAAAGUGUACGAGUCUUCAUUGAGGGGCUUUGCAUUGCCCCUCAGUGUUGAUCUGUCUCCCCUCUGCUUGGUUAGAGGAUCUGCUUUUCUCUUUGUGGUCUUACUGGGUUGGUCAGGAAGGUUCUGAGAAAGGUGGCAGCCAACAGAGGCAGGCAGUGUAUGGGUCUGAUGAGCUCCAGGGCUGGGACUCGUACAUGGUAACAAAAGUUCAAAUCCACUGCUUCUCAGGGUGAUGUCAUAAGGUUAUCUGAGUGGUACUCUUCCCUUCUAUGGUGUACAGCAGUAAAAUUUUUUCUGUUCACCUAACAAUAACAACAAUUCUUUGGAACAGUCCAUUUGGGCAACGUCUAACCACAUAUAUGUCCA